AUGAGGGAGCCCUUGUGUGAGGCCUAUGCAGGGUCAGCACCGCCGGGGGUCCUGAGUGACAGCUGCCCCGGGCGAGAAGAAGACAAAGAAGUCCGUGAGUUUACAAAAAAUUACUUCAUUAGCAAGACAAUUGGAAUAGCAAAGUUCAACGUUUUCUAUGAUUCUUCUCCCAUUGGUGGUGUAAGCGCUCUCUCCCUCCUUCAGUCAGUCAGAUGUAAACAAACAGUGAAGAUGGCAGAGGGUUUGGUGGUGGAGUUUCAGAAGUUUAAUAAGAACGCCAGACACUUAAAACGCUUGCAGAGGGAAACUUUACAGUCAAUUGAAGAUGUGGGCUUGUCGGGGAAUUUGUCGGAAGAGCAGGUGGCGGAGAUCCGGUUCACCGAGGUGGAGCUGAGCGAGCUGCGACACGUGCUGGGCGUGCCGCCGUGCAUCGUGGUGGGCGGGCAGGACGCGUACGGCAAGGUGCUGGUGGUGACGCGCCUGCUGGCCGAGCAGGUGCUGCCCAUCGUGCCCCGCCUGACGCCCGGCCGCGCGUGGCGCCCCGUCCGCCUCAAGCACUCGCACGCCCGCACCGUCUGCCUCGCCCUCCCCGACCAUGGCCCGCACGCCGAGGCCGGCUACGAGCUCGUGCACUCCCUCCACGCCCACGCGCGCCCGUGGGGCACCGUGCCGCGCGCCGACGUCGAGCUGGACCAGCGGGCCAUGCAGGACCCCGUGGUGGGGAGCGCCAUGCUGGAGGUGGGCCUCCCGCACCCGCUGCUGAAGGAGGGCGUGCAGGUGGUCAUGACGCCCACCGUGCCCCACAAUCGCGCCCUCAACACGUCCACCGAGUUCCUGAGGGCGCUGUUGCCCGAGGUGCUGCCCAUCAUCGUCUACGCCAUCUCGCGGGACGACCUCUCCGACGCCGUGAGUGUUCGCUUCCCUUAUGCGUUGCUGUUGGGUGUGGCGGUUCGCGAGGCUGUGUUAUGUGUGCGUGUGGAUAUUUGUGACCGAUCUGGAGUCCCCAUGCACAUCCCUCUUGGGCCUAACGCAUAUAAGACACGUGAGAGGUAUGGCAUUAUGACGGGAGAAACUCAUGGGUCACGAGGAAUCACAUCGGCAACGCUCAAUUAUUCUGUCCUCUGCAUCGUCAUCUUACAGAGUCAUGAGAGAAGAUGCAAUGUCUAG